AUGGUGCGUAGCGAAUUUUUUUUUAAUGUGUUUUUAAGAGGACAAGGGGUGCUAAUGAGUGGAGGACACCCACGCGGGAAUGAUAACGCACUAUUUGAAAAGGUGAACAAUGUUUGCAAAAGAAUUUUAUGCUAUAUGCAUAAACUAGUAAUCAAUAAACAUGGCGACAUCUGUUGUAAAUGCAUACACAGACCCUUGCAUCCCGGAAUGGAUGAAUGCACCUCACAGCACCGAGUGACUGACAAGUUGACCAGAAUCACUGAUCAUAUCUAUUGUUGUCGGUCUGGCUCUGCAGCUGAUACCCAAGCUAUUGCUGAUAUUGUUACUUAUCAUUUGAAUUUCCACAAGAUGGAGCUUGGAGAGCAACCUUUAGUGCAGACUGCAUCAGCUAUAUUCCGUGAGCUGUGUUACAACUAUCGUGACUCUCUGGUGGCUGGUAUUUUAGUUGCUGGCUGGGAUAAAAAACUCGGAGGCCAAAUCUACUCCGUACCUAUCGGUGGAAUGGUACAACGUCAAGCAGUGUCUAUUGGAGGCUCUGGCUCAACAUACGUCUACGGUUAUGUUGACGCGAAUUUCAAACCUAACAUGACCAAGGAGGAAGCGAUGAAGUUCGUCACCAACACCUUAACCCUGGCUAUGCUCCGUGAUGGUUCAUCCGGAGGUGUUGUGCGUCUAGGUGUCAUUUCUGAAGCUGGAGUCGAACGCUCCGUCAUCCUUGGCGAUCAACUCCCCAAGUUCUAUGAGGGUUAA